AUGGAUUCACAAAGGCAGUCGUCUAUUGCCGAGGGGCCCGGUGCACAUUAUCCCGAUAGCACCUCUGCAAUAGUCGCACUUCUGUUGGUGGAGGAGGCCACUGUCUUUCGAUGCUCUGACAGCGCUGAGAAGCUAUCGUUUCCUUCAUGGACAAUGUUGGGGACCACUGGUGAUAAGACGUAUUUUGACGUCUCCGCAGCCGAUAGUUGCAAUGGCAAACGAGAAUAUGGACGUAGAAACUGGCCCAUUGGAGGCCCCUGGGGCUCCACUAAAUGGUAUUGUGCCGUAACAAUUCAGGCAUAUGAAUGUCAGGACCUGGGUGGUGGUGCGAGGUGUGACGAGGAAAAGUAUUUACUCUACAUCGUUCAUGCUGGUGGAACUCGAGUUAUACUUCAAGCGCUUCGUGCCGAAUAUUCGGAAAAUAUGUCUGUUGAUGAACUGCUUUUCAAAAUGCACAAACUGCUAUGCAAGCUUGCACCCUAUGACCGAAGAUUUACACUUCGUGCCAGACUCAGUCAAUGCAUACCAAUAACUGUUAGCAUUCUUCGGGUUCAGAUUGCUCAUCUUCAGUCCUUCAUCGGCCCUCGUCCCCCUCUAUCUCGUGCCUCAACAACUAGCGUUACUGGGACAACCGUUGUCAAUACCGCCAACAACUCCCAUGGUGGUCUCUGUCCCCCUCCUAGCCGCCGUAGUCGUCGUCGGCCCUCCUAUGCUCUGCGCCGACCCUCUCAAUCCCGCGUGCCGUCCUCCCUUGCCGCCAACCUCCGUGUUCUCCUCACCACCCUUCGCUGCUACUGUGGCCGUCGGGGACGCAGCAAUUCCGCUACUAUCGGUCGUCUUGGAACGGUGAAUGUACUCCUUCGGGCGUUGGCUUUAACGGCUGGACUGCCUCACAUUAGGCGAACCUCCACGGUAAUUGCAGUAUUGAAUUCUUCGGGAUCAUCGCUGUCUGAUGAGGCGACGGAUGGUGGUGGUGGUGGACACAAUGUGGUUCGGGCCUCAGGUGCGGGAGCAGUUCCACUCCUCCUUGAACUCUUUUUGGGUCUUCAUCGCUAUGACAGCAGUGGGCAGCUCGUUGAUCUGCAAUUCCUCGCCCUAACUUCUUUGCAAAUGCUUACGGAUCUGCGGGCCGGAAGACGUGCUAUUGUCUCCGCUGGUGGCCUUUUUGCCCUAUUCUCGCUUUGCGCUAGUAAAAUGAAUAUCAAAGUGCCUUCAACACCAUCGUUAAUAGCAUCAAAAACUGAAUCAAAAACCGUGAGUCGCCAGCAAGAGACUUUGCCAAUACCGUCUGCUGCCUCCCUUGCCUCAUCCUCGGCGUCAAUGUCGUCUUCCUCGUCUCCUUCUUCUUCACGUUCGACGUUGUCAUUAGCAACGACAGGUGAAGAGAGGGGACUAGAGCAGUUUCAGGAGCGCCACCUGGAAUUGGUGUUGAACGGGGCUUGUGACCUUCUGCGUCGAUGUUGUCCAUACGCUCCACUUCCGAUCCACCCGGCUGAACCUAUUCUGAGGAUUAUUUUCAACAAUGAGGGUCAGGCUGCCACCUUGAAGCCCCCUUUGCCUGGUGAAGAGGGCGAAGUUGUUGAAUGUGAAGCGCCCAACGAGACACCACAUCAUCAAGUGAGGCCGCGACGUAGUAAAAGCUGCCAGCAAGUGCCCAACAUCAACAGAAAUUCAAAGUCUUCUGGUUCCAAUCGCGUUGCGCCGGAGUUCGGUAAACCAGGUCCUAAAUUUUCUACAAAGGUUACCCUUUGCUCAAAGAAGAACAAAAAGCGUCAUAAGACGUUACUUCGCGAUUCCGUCGAGCGUAAAUCCGUCAACAAUCCAAUCACCGUCUCUCCACUAGCUGGCGAUCUACUACCAGGCGUCUCUUGUUCUUCCACUGGUAUGGUCGCUCCAGCUCAUGAACAAUCUUCGCCCUCCAAAGCACAACUGGAGUCCACCCUUGCCGCAUUGCGUUUGGAGGGUUUGGUGGAUGUAUUAGAAAUUGGACAUUCUUCUUCAGCCGGUGAUUUGCUCUUUUGGGAUACCAAUGUUUCUGGCAAUGCUGGAGGCCAAACUAAGAAAGUUGUAAAGCGUUUCAGAGCAAAAUCCCUGCAAAAGGUGCCCGCCCCAUCAUUUGAUAGUCCCCUUAAAUCCAUUCGCUCGUCACGCCGCCCUGAGAAAAUUCAGGAAUCCGCUAACAACGAGGAUGACGACGAAGAAGGAGUUGAACCCGACGUCGAAGAUGACGAAGUGGUCGCCGCGGUGGAAGCCGAUCUGGAGGAUGAUAGACGCUGUGAGGAGGAGGAUUCGAGUAGCGCUUGCGCGACUCCUGACAUGGCUGAUGGAUUGGAAGACGUCGGUUUGGCACCGAGUUUGUUUGGACUCGCGGAGCUUAUGGAAAGUCAUGGAAGCUUCUUCCCAGAGUGGACAGAGCUCCCGGGACUUGUAGAUUAUCUCGUGCCACCGAUGAAAGAAAGCACGGCAGAAUCGUCAAAAGACAAUCUUUACGAAGAAAUGAUAUCAGCUGCCCGGGAAGCCACUUCGACACCAUCUCGCUACCUCAUCGCGGCCCGCAACGUCCGCAGCGCUCUGGACUAUGCUCUACGUCAAGCUGAGAAGAUGGUCGCUUACCCAGAUCUUAUUAAUGCCACUGGUCCUGACUUUUGUGAACCUCUUCACUCCCCCCGCCUCCACAAUCAGACAUUGGUUCCACCUUUCUCCCAUGGAGAUGCGCCUGAUGCGGUACAAGCGGAAUCAGGCUCAGUGAUUUCGAAUUUCGUGAUUCCUUUGUCACUGGAUGAUGUGAGGAGGGUAGUGGACAGCGAGGACUUGAUCGAGCGGGUGGUCUUUGAUUUAGACGAAUUGAUAACCCAGGAACGAGGCGUGGAGGCGCGAACUGGAAGUGUGUUGAGUAAUUCGGAUGAGCUUUUACUGGGAAAAUUUGACGCUGAUCUGGGUCACUUACAAUUUGAGUCGCGCUUCGAGAGCGGCAAUCUGCGGAAGGUCAUUCAGGUGCGACAGACGGAGUACGAUCUCCUCCUCUCGCCCGACCUCAACACGUGCUCGCAUGUCCAAUGGUUCUACUUUCGUGUGGCCAAUGUAGACAGUAUGGUGCGGUACCGCUUCAAUAUUAUCAACUUAGAGAAGGCAGGUAGUCAGUACAGUGGAGGCAUGCAACCCGUGGUGUUCUCCGUAACGGAGGCACUAAAUGGACGACCCUAUUGGUUCAGGGCUGGUGGGUGUAUCAACUACUACAAAAAUCACUUUAUGCGGAGUGGAUCUGGUGCAAAGAACAGUCGGAAUUACUAUACCGCCACUUUCAGUCUGCGAUUUCAACACCGCGGCGACAUUUGCUACAUCGCCUACCACUACCCCUACACCCACUCUCGCCUCCUCGCCGAUUUGACACAAUGGCAACUCCGUGCUCAAAAUGCUGCCUCCAAAUCGCCUUCUAAGUCGUCUAGACUCUACCUCCGCGUGCAGAACCUCACUUCCACCUUGCUGGACAAUUUGGUGCCUCUGGUUACCAUCACAGAGGCCACUGAAGGCUCUGGAAAAGUCACUAAUCCCCGACGUCCCUACAUCUUUAUCACCGCGCGCGUUCAUCCCGGCGAAUCCAAUUCAAGCUGGGUUAUGCGUGGCCUGCUAGACCACUUGACUGACCCGCGUGACCCCGAAAUGGUUCGUCUUCGUCAUGCCUACGUCUUUAAGGUUGUGCCUUCUUUGAAUCCGGACGGAGUGAUCUGUGGAAAUCACCGAUGUUCCAUGGCUGCAAAGGACUUGAAUCGUCAGUGGUUAAAUCCCUCGCAAUCUUUGCACCCGACAAUUUUCCACACCAAAUGCCUCAUUAAUUUGCUGGCUGAAGUGGGUAGUGCGCCCUACAUCUACAUCGAUUUGCACGGUCACUCCCGAAUGAAGGACAUCUUUGUCUAUGGCUGUGAUCCACAUCUCUCAUGGAAGGCUUCAGAUUCCACCGACUACCUCGGUGUCACCGCCGACAGUUUCGACGGCUGUUUUCUCGAACUGGCCGAGGUGAUGCAUAACAUUUCGCUGCCCUUUUCCAAAGCUGCUAGCGACUACUCUAUCAGCCGCGUGAAGGAAGCAACAGGUCGUGUUGUGGUGUGGAGGCAGUUUGGUGUCGCCAGAAGCUACACCCUGGAGGCCUCCUACUGUGGAACCACGCGAAAUUGUUGGAGAGAUGAGGAGGCGUGCGUUGGGCACCAGAUAUCGCCGUGGAUCCUCCAGAAUGUGGGAGCAUCUUUGUGCAAGGCCUUUCUCUGCUUGGAUCCCAACCGCAAGCGCAUGGAAUCGCCGUUUGGCAGGCGACAUCCAGGCGAUCGUGUAUUCGCGAAAAUGAAAGGUUUUCCCUUCUGGCCGGCGAGGGUCGAUCCUCUUCCGCCACAUGUUGAACUUCCGAAGGGUAAAGUACCAGUUUUCUUCUAUGGUACUCAUCAAGUGUCCUUUUUAAAUCCUAAGAAUCUUGUGAGCUUUGACGACCACAAAGACGCAUAUGGGAAGCGUAAAGUCCUCAUCAAAGCUAUGAUAGAGAUCGAGUCGGAUCCUGAAAUUUUGCUUCUUGGCAAGGAUCCUGCGGCGGAGGCCUUCUGGGAAUCUCUUUAUCCUCUUGAAUAUGGCAAAGUUGAGCGAGAGGCUGACACCAUCCGUGGUAGAAUGUCUCGUUCUAAUAGUCCAGCCACGAAAAGGGCACUUAAACGUAAAGCCUCAAGGGCACCUCGUGUUCAUUCAGCAAAACGUCAAAGGUCUGGCGAUCAGGAAGACGACUUGAUUAGUAUUUCUCCUAUUAGUGAUACCGUGGAUACAAAUUCGCUUCAGGCAGCAGAAGUAAUGGGGGAGAAAAAAGAUAAUCGCCAGGAAAAGGAAGAAGAUAACCUUCAAGCUAGUGAAAGUGUAAAUAAACGGACCGCUAGGAAGCGACAUCACUUAGCGGUUGAGUGUUAUGACCCAAUUGAAAACGAUAAGCGUGUAAAGGAAGCUAAACUAGAUGCUUGCUUUGAAACUGAGAAGGCUGUCGUCCUGAUGGAGAAAGGCGGAAUAAUAGGUGCUGGUUCGGAAAUCGAUCAAUUUGGAUCUCCAGAAGAAAUGGCAGGAGUGAUGAGUGCUGAAGCUCCCUCGAACGUCUUUGGCAAUAUUGUAAUGCUGGAUACUGUUAACACCCAGAGUGAAGAACCUUGUAAUACCCCUGAGUCUGUAAAUGUCGAUGUGGAAGAGACGCAAGAAUUGACUUCGUUUGAUACGACAGCCUUGAGUUCAGUCAAUGAGGAGGGGUACUACGACAUUACAGAAAUUGUGCAAGAUUCAGAAGCAACUGAGAAUCAAAAAUCUCAGAGGAAUAUGCGAGAAGGAAAACCAAGGCGAUUUGUUGUGGAUCUGGAUGCCGAAUCGGAAGACGAGAAGAAAUAUUUUCGCAGGUGUUCUCGAAGUGAUGAUGAUGAUGAGGAGGAGGAGGAUUUGGAUGACGAUUAUGCUGACGACGACGAUGAUUAUGGAUGCGUUCAGAAACCGAAAAAAAGUGAUAAACAAAGCAUGUACAAUAUUAAAAAGGAGGAAGAGGAAGAAGUCAUUUGUAAUGCUUACAGAGGCAUGAAAAAUGAAUUGGCAAGUGGGUCGGAGGCUGUCGACGAGCCUAUAAAACAUAGUAGUAGUAGUAGUAGCGAAAGAGAAACUGUUAGUAAAAGCUCGAAAAGUGGUGAUGAUGAGGAUUCCUACGAUUGCAAGUUGAAGGGUGGUGAUAUCUCACAGGACCGUGUUGUUGAGGGGGAUGAUGAAUAUAUUUGUAAAAAUAAUGAAAGCGUGGAUAAUGAACUGAUGGACGUGUCGAAGCAUUUAAGUGAGCUACGAAGGCAUAGUAGUAGUGAAGGAGAAGCUUCUAGCAAAAGCUCGGGAAAUGAUGAUUUUGGGGAAUCCGUUGCUCAGAACGUGAAAAGUGGAGAAAGUGCUAUCGAGGAAGAUAGGGAACGUAUUCGUCGAUUCCUUUUGGAUUGUAGUAGAAAUUGGGGAAGUGAGGAUGAAAACAGGGUUGUUCGAAGCACGAAAAGCCUUGACUUACGGAGAAAAGGUGGUGCCGAGGGCGAUUGCAUUAGCAGAAGCUUUGUGAGUGGUGGUGAAGUUCGAAAGAAAGCCAGUGAUAGUGAGGAGGACAGCGAACGCGUUCGUGAAAAUUUGGAUAGUUGGGCUAGUGAGUCUCCCGACACUUUUAAAAAUAUUGGUGACCACAGGAGACCUGACAAUGACGGCAAAGAUGAGAGUAGUCGUCGGUGUUCUUUGAAAAACAGUCCGAGACACAAGGCUAAAGUUCCAGGGUCUGCAGAUGGGCACAGUCGUACUAAGAGAAGGGGCUCCAGCGGUGAAGUUGAAUUGGUGAAAAGAGCGAAACAUGUUAGCUCUUCGUCAAGUGGCGUUGCACCAUCUGGCAAGUUUUUCUUGCUACCCUAUUACCAUAAGCAGCGAUGGAGAUGGUCAUUUUUCCUCUUCCUAAUAGGAGUGGAUAAACUGCAAAUUUUGCACGAUCUGACCAUCCAGUUGAAGUCGAAUCUUGUGCGAGGUCAUGAGAAAUUUGACGCUGCGGUUGACGUCUUAGCGCGUAUCUGUGCAACCAAGGUUUCGUUGCUUCAGCUUACUAAGGUGUGGGAACUCACGGAUUGUGUUAAAAAGUGUCGAAAAUAUCGCCUCUCUGCCCAAGUACGAGAUGCUGCUAGUAGGGCACUCGCAUACUUCCAACGAAUCCAGGCCGCGGCUUCCAAGGAGGAAGUGUUGAAAGCCAAAGCCAUUGUUGCGGAACGAAUGCGUCUUGAGAAGUCUGAAAAGCCUCAACCUCCGGCGGCAGCACCUGUUGCUACUUCCACAGCUCCUUCUAACAGCAACAAGAGAAGAAAUUUUCUUUGGAGGCAUUACGUGCAGAGCUAG